GGCGCUGCGGAGGGUGGGCGGGAGGCUGCCAACGGUUUUGAGUGUAGGAAAGGGCAAAAGAGGGGGCUUUUUUGGUCUUCCCGGACCAGCAAAACUGGAGGUGUGGAGAAUAGGCGGAACGUGGUGAUCGGGAUAGAGGAUCCAGGCGCGGCUUCAGAGCGGUGUACUUUUUAGGGACCUCAGAGCGUUCGCGAGGUUUCUUUUGCAGGAGGGAGGGAGGGAGGGAUUCCAGAGAGCUGUGCUAUGGCUUUCUUCACUGGAGAAGUGUGAGGGGCUACACACUUAGUUGAUUCUGGGUAGAACUGGUGCUUAGUCCGAGGGGUAUGGGAAGGUGGGGAGUAUGAGGUUUCUGCUUCUCUGAGAUUGGAGCCGUUUGAGGGGCAAAUAAGGCAGCUGGACGGAAAUUAGGCCCCUAUUGGAUCUGGGUCCUCUUCACUUUGCACGUUUUAGAUGUUUGAACUUCAAAGAUCGGUUGAUCAGAGAUAAUCUGCGUCAAAGUUGAUCUCUUGCAGCUUUCUGCUCCCUAGAACUGCAGUGUUGCUCUUGAGCCGCAGUAGGUGCUCUGUCCCCACCCCCUCCUUGCUGCACCCUCCUUUUCCACCAGGUCUAGGAGCUGUGGAAAGAAAUGCUUUUGCCUUCUCCCAUGGCCUCUGGAACCAGUGGAAACUUUCCCUCUAACCAGAAAGCCUCCAUACCCUUAUUCAUCAAAGACCCUUGGUCUGGAGUCUUCCUCCUUUCUCCCAAAUCCUCCUCUACCUACUUUCCCCACUGGACUCUCCUAAAGCAGAACCAGGAGUUCCCAACUUGCUGCCUACAGUCGUAUCUUCCCUGUACUCAUGGCAAAUUCAGCUACCAGUCCCAGUUCACCUCUCCGGGCAGAGGAUCUCCUGAGUGAUUCGUCAGAAGCCCCAGGACUGAACCAAGAGUCCUCUGAGGUGACCUCCCAGCUCUAUACUUCUUUGCACCUCAGUCGUCAGGCAGAAGCAACAGCGCGAGCCCAACUGUAUUUACCCUCCACCUCUGCACCUCCUCAUGAAGUGUUAGACAGCUUGGCUCAAGAACUCAGUCACAGCUUGUCAAUUGGAUUGGAAAACAAUUUGAAGAAAAAGGAUGGUUCCAAGCAUAUCUUUGAGAUGGAAAGUGUUCGGGGUCAACUCCAGAGCAUACUCCAAACCUCACGAGACACAGCCUAUCGGAAUCCCCUUACUCCAGGUGCUGACUCAGAGAGACGGGAAGAAGACUCCUUUGACAGUGACAGCACAGCCACCUUGCUUAACACCCGGCCCGUACAAGACUUAUCUCCGUCCAGCUCAGCCCAAGCCCUGGAGGAAUUGUUUCCCCGCUAUACCAGUCUUCGACCAGGACCCCUAAGCAAUCCCCCAGACUUUCAGGGGCUCAGAGAUGCACUGGAUUCAGAGCAUACUCGUCGAAAGCAUUGUGAACGCCAUAUUCACAGCCUGCAGACCCGAGUGCUGGAACUACAGCAACAGUUAGCUGUGGCUGUGACUGCUGACCGCAAGAAAGAUAUCAUGAUUGAACAACUGGACAAGACCCUGGCCCGAGUGGUGGAAGGCUGGAACCGGCAUGAAGCUGAGCGGACAGAGGUGCUUCGGGGGCUCCAGGAGGAACGACAGGCAGCUGAAAUUACUCGAAGCAAGCAGCAGGAGACAGUAACCCGUCUGGAACAAAGCCUUUCUGAGGCCAUGGAAGCCCUGAAUCGUGAGCAGGAAGGUGCCAGAUUACAGCGACGGGAGAGAGAGACACUGGAAGAGGAAAGACAAGCUUUGACUUUGAGCUUGGAGCUAGAACAGCAGCGUUGCCGGGCCCUGCAGAAAGAACUGGAUGAGGCUCGGACUGGUCAACUCAGUGAGCAUCGACAGUUAGAAACACUUCAGGUUGUUAUAGAAGAAGAACGGCAGACCUGGACCCAGCAAGAGCACCAGCUUAAGGAACGCUACCAGGCGCUGCAGGAAGAGGGCCAGGCUCAGUUGGAAAGGGAGAAGGGGAAUACCCAGAGGGAGGCCCAGGCAGCCCGGGAGGCCCAGCAGCAGUUGGCAUUGGUGCAGUUGGAGGUGCAGCGGUUGGAAGGAGAGCUGGAUACAGCUCGGAGAGAGAGAGAUGCUUUACAGCUGGAAAUGAGCUUGGUACAGGCCCGGUAUGAAAGCCAGCGGAUCCAGAUGGAGUCAGAACUGGCUGUGCAGCUGGAGCAGCAGGUGACAGAGCGGUUGGCACAGGCUCAGGAGAGUAGCCUGCGACAAGCAGCCUCCCUGAGGGAACAUCACAGGAAGCAGCUUCAGGACCUAACUGGACAGCACCAGCAGGAACUGGCUACACAGUUGGCUCAGUUCAAGGUGGAAAUGGCAGAACGAGAGGAGAGGCAGCAGCAGGUGGCUCAGGACUAUGAGCUGAGACUGGCCCGGGAGCAUGCACGAGUACGGGAACUGCAGAGUGAGCACCAGCAGCUGGAGGAGCAGCGGGUAGAGUUGGUGGAGCGGCUCCAAGCCAUGCUACAGGCCCACUGGGAGGAGGCAAACCAGCUGCUCAGCACCACUGCCCUGCCUGCCCCUGCCCUGGUUCCUCCCGCCAGCCCCUCUGGCCCUGGGCCUCAGGAACCAGAGAAGGGAGAGAGGAGGACCUGGGCUAUGCCUCCAGUGGCUGCCGUGGCCCUGAAGCCUGUAUUGCAGCAGAGCCGGGAAACAAGGGAGGAGCAGCCUGGAGUACCACCUGUGAUCUGCAGUGCCUCCUCCCCCGAUAUUAGCCUCCUGCUGGGCCCCAGUUUCCAGAGCCAGCAUUCCUUCCAGCCCCUGGAGCCAAAGCCAGACCUCACGCCACCCUCAGUUGGGGCCUUCCAUACUGACGACAGAGCAGAACGGCCAUUCCCUGAGGAAGAUUCUGGAUCCCAUGGGGAUGGUUUCCUAAGGCAAGGGUUGCCACCCCCUCAGGUAGAGGGCCUCAAGCAUUUUUUGCACCAGCUGCUUGAGACAGUUCCCCAGAACAGUGAGAACCCUUCUGUUGACCUGUUGCCCCCUAAGUCUGGUCCUCUGACUAUCCCAUCUUGGGAGGAAGCCCCUCUAGUGCCACGCCUUCCACCUCCUGUCCAUAAGACAAAAGUACCCAUAGCCAUGGCAUCCAGUCUUUUCCGGGUCCAUGAACUUCCCUCAACCCAUUCACAGGGCACUGCUCCCAGGGGUGGCUCCCCAGACAGAGGUGGAGAUGGGCUUGCAUCCACGAGGCAGCUGAUGGAUGUGUCUCAGCUGUUACGACUGUACCAGGCUCGGGGCUGGGGGGCACUGCCUGCUGAAGACCUGCUGCUCUACCUGAAGAGACUGGAACACAGCGGGACGGAGAGCCGAGGGGAGAAUGUCCCCAGAAGGACGGCAGACUCCCGCUUGGGUGAGAUCCCUCGGAAAGAGAUUCCCUCCCAGGCUCUCCCUCGCCGCCUUGCUACAGCCCCUAAGACGGAAAAACCUCCAGCACGGAAGAAGAGUGGACAUCCUGCCCCUGGUAGCAUGAGGAGUCGGGGGGGAAUCUGGAGAUGAGCACCGUACCUUUCUCCUCUUCUUUGUUCUCUUACUAUCUUAAUAAAUGUUCAGUAGUCUGUGUUAGCCUCUGACUCACAGGAAUUAGGAAAAUGGAGAUUUUAUAGAAAACAUUUUUGUAAAGAAACUGCAUUUAUAUUUACUCCUCCUUCUGAGUAUGUUUUUACUUUAUAUUCUGUAGAAAAACAUGAAUGCUUUGAAAGAAAAUAGCCCAUGGCUAGGUUUUAGCAAGAUAAAUAAGGUUCAGUGUUUUGAGAGUAAAACAGUGUGAUUGGCUCUGGUUGGUAGUAAAAUUAUAGAUAAUGCUCACUCUCUCCUUAAUGCAUUUCUGUGUUUCCCAGAUUUUCUAAAACAAGUACGCACUACUUAAUAAUCAGAAAAGCCAAGUUUUUAAUAAAAGAAUAAGUUAUUGUGUAAAGAGUUUGAGUAAAAACUUGAUUGCUGGCAAUACAGUUUUUUCUUUUAAGAGCAGGUAAUUCAGGUUGCAUCAGUGGGAUUCUGAUUGACAGAUUCUGCUCCAGUCAGCAGACAUGCUAUGGCUGUAAUCUCUUCUUAUAAAAUCUCAGAGUGCUGGCAAGCAAAAAAAUAAAAGCCCUGAUUACCAAAACUUCCAUUCUAAUAUUCACUGAAAUGAACAGAGAAAAUUAGAGAAGAAAAUGAUAUCACUAUGAAACUUAAACCCUUAAUUUCAUAAUACUUGAAAAACCCAUAGUACAAUUAUAUUACACUGUAGGACGACAUCUUGGCGCCCCCACACAGCUCUGGGCAAAGAUGGUGGGAACUACCAUUCUGAAGGCUUGAUCUCACUUGAGUAUUUGAGAGUCCAAGUUUAUUAGAUUCUGUGAGGCAGUGGCACCCUUCUAUCAAUAUUUUCUCUUUGAGUUACUUGGCUCCAGAAUAGAUGUGAUAGGAUACAGACUCAAACAGUAUUUCUUUUUUCUUCUGAUAAGAUAACAGAAGGGAAUAUUUAUUAUAUGCAUGUUACAGUCAGUCAGAACUAACCCAGAAUGUCACAGGUCCAGGGCCUAGGACCAAAAGGGACCGCUUUUGGUAUGAGCAAGGUGGUCUCUCAAAGGUGGUGGUUGCAGCAAUCAAAUGGUGAUAGAUGUUCUAGAUUCACUGAGACAAUUUCUAGACAAUAGCAUGCAGUCCAGCAGCUUGUACCAGCACCCCUGGCCUGUGGCUUCCGUGGGUGCUACUAGUUUACUUGGACUUCUGCCUCAUCUUCUUUUGCACUUUUGCCUGUGCAUUUGCUUCUUCCUCCAUUUGGCUGCCAUGGCGCAGAGGCUGAGAAGAUGGCGCUAAUCUUUAGGUCACACAGUAUUCCUAUGAACAUGUUCAGAUCUUACUUCUUUUCACUUAAAAGUAACUUUUUAGCUACCAGGGGAGAGUAAAAGGAAGAAAAGAUAAACACACAUGACCAGCAAGUGUAGGGUUAUUUGGCCAGUGCAGCCUAGUCACCAGUCACCAGUCUUGCUCAGGGCUGCUCUCUCUGGCAAAGAACAAAAGGUAAACUUGUACAAGAGUAGCACCAGCUCCAGGGCCUUUUUCAAGCCCUGUUUUGUACCCACUGAUGAAAGUGUGUGCUUUUCUAUUUUCUUUAUCAAAAGUGCAUAAAAUUGGGCCUCCCCUGUUGGUGCAGGCAGUUGAGCACCACGCUGUGAAGCUGUCCGCAGCCUCUGCAGCGCGGGUUUGAUCCCAGCUGGUGAGGAUCCCACAUGGUGCAGCAGAUUUCUCCUGUCACUCCUGCUGCUCCCCUCGGCAGUGUAUUUCAUCAGUCGGCCUGUUCUGUCCCCCGCUCUGUCUCUGGUGAAUCCUCUCACACUUCCACAUAUCUGGCCUGUACCCCAGUUCUUGUAUAAAUAAGUAAAAAAAUCUUUAAAAAAAAAAGUGCUUAAAAUUGAUUUGACCAAACUGAUAAAGGGCACACUAUCAUCAUUGAUAGAAGGUGGUUUAAUAUCAUUUUUAAAAGCUGGCAAAAGCUUUUUAAACCAAGUAUUACCUCAUUAUCUCCCAGAUUUCAAGCUGUCGCCAUCAGUCAACAUGCCCUCCAUUUUUCCUGACAUGAAGAACAAUGUGGAGAAUAUUCCCCAACUCUCUAGAAUAAAAUCAUAAAAGAACACAGUGUGAGGGCCUCCCUGGUGGCGCAGGGGGUUAAGCACAGCACUAUGAAGCUAUCUGCAGCCUCUGUAGCACAAGUUCCAUCCCUGGCCAGCCAGGGAGCUACCCACAUGGCACGGCAGGUCUCUCCUGUCUUGCCUGCUGCUCCCCUCAGCAGCGUAUUCAGUCAGUCUGCCUGUUCUGUUCCCCACUCUGUCUCUGGUAAAUCCUCUCACCCCCUGCACCUCUGGCCUGUACCCCAAUUCUUGUAUGUAUAAAUAAAUAAA